GCGGCCACCGUACCGGAGCAGCAGCCAGGCCAAGAAGUCUCCUCCUUCCUCCUCCCUCCUCUCUCACUCUCUCUCUCUCUCUUUCUUCUCUCCCGAAAAGGCAAAGCGAAAAAGGCAGCAGCGAGAGAGAGAACCGAGUAACAACCAAGAGAGAGAGGCAGAGGCUCUCUCUCUCUGCCUGCCGGCGGGCAUCUUCCCUCCCCUGCUGUCCUCUGCUUCUGCUGUGCUUCUGCCGCCGGUCGGCUGCUGUCCCCUGAGCCUGAUCGAUCUCGAUUCCCUGCGCCGGCCGACCAACCACCCCCGCCGUUCAUCUCUGUCCCCUCCGCCCCGAUCCGCCGGGGAAUCAAUCGAGGAUUCGAUCCAGCCAACCAGCCAUCCGCACCCAGCCUACUAGUCUAUAUAUAACCCACGCCAACACCACCGCCGGGCGUCUCUCUCUCACCUUCUUAGCAGAACCUCACCGACCCCCGAAUUCUUCUUCCUCCUCCUUCGGUCCGGUUCGAUUUUGGGAUGGCCGUAGUCGAGACCUCCGCCGCCGCCGCCGCCGUCGCCGCCGCAGCAGCGCCGGCUGCCGGCUCUGACGGCCAUGGCGUCGCGGCGGGGUCGGAGGCGGGCGGUGGCGGGGACGCAGGGGAGCGCGAGAUGCGGGAUCUGGAGGAGCUCCUCUCCAAGCUCAACCCCAUGGCCGAGGAGUUCGUCCCGCCCUCCCUCGCCACCGCCCCGCACCCCACCGCCGCCGGUUACGCCGCCGCGGCAGGGUACUACCCCAAUCCCAGCGCCGGCGGCGGGAGAGGCGGCUUCGUCGCCUCGCCGGCCGCACACCGCGGGGUCGUCGGUUUCCCCGCCGCCCCCGCCGACGGACGCGGCAGGAAGAAGUUUGGCGGGUACGCCGGCGCCGGCCCCGGCGGGUACCCCCAAGGCGGCAAGCGGCGGGUCAACAGCCGCACCAGCCAGGCGCAGCGCGACGAGGUGAUCCGCCGGACCGUCUACGUCUCCGACAUCGAUCAUCAGGUCACCGAAGAGCAACUGGCAGCACUAUUUAUCAACGUAGGGCAGGUUGUGGACUGCCGCAUGUGUGGGGAUCCAAAUUCAGUUCUUCGCUUUGCUUUCAUAGAGUUUACUGAUGAGGAGGGUGCAAGAGCUGCUCUAACUCUGUCAGGAACUGUGCUUGGGUAUUACCCUGUCAGGGUUCUUCCUUCGAAAACUGCCAUUGCUCCUGUCAAUCCAACAUUUCUUCCCAGGUCUGAUGAUGAGCGUGAGAUGUGUGCGAGGACUAUUUAUUGCACAAACAUUGACAGGAAGGUCUCUCAGGCAGAUGUGAAAUUGUUCUUUGAAUCAAUAUGUGGAGAGGUCUAUCGGCUGAGGUUGCUCGGGGACUACCAGCACAAUACUCGCAUUGCUUUUGUGGAGUUUGUUAUGGCUGAAAGUGCUACUGCCGCUCUCAACUGCAGCGGCGUGAUACUGGGUUCCUUGCCAAUAAGGGUCAGCCCGUCCAAGACCCCUGUGCGUCCCCGUGCGCCUCGCCCACUGAUGCAUUAGGUGUUGUAGGUACAGGAGGGUGCCGAUGGGCACUGCUUAUAUAUAGAGAGAUCGACAUAUGUGAAAGAGAAAUCAAGAUAUAUGUCUUUUCUUCUUCCAAGUUAUCCGCUCGCCCUCCUUUUACUGUACCAUUGGUAAAGUAUCCACACUCGGAGAGCGGGGAGGGGGUGAGAUGAGAAAGAAAAGAAUCAGAAACGCGUCGUCAUGGUCGGUGUUUACCUUUUGCACAUAGAGCUUCUUAGAAGCGGGCCUGAUGCUAGAAGCAGCAAGGCCAAAGAAAACUCUGUGGACUUGUGUUUGUUCUUCAGUUGUUUGCUACUACUACUACUAGUAGUACUUACUGGAAACUUAAGUUGCAGCAAGUCUUUACCUGAAGAUGGAUCAGCGUUUGCUUGCCGUUAUGCAUUGCUCUGACCAUUUUGUUU